UUUGGGCGAUAACUGUGCAGAGUUUUACUUUUAUUCGAUCGCGAUAACAAUAUCCUUAUUGACCUACAUAUUAUCUUGUUGUUAAGAAAUUGGUGGACAUACAAGACUUAAAAAGUCCUUAGAUCAGUUAUUAGUUUUGUGUAAGAUUUGCAUUCCUUGAUCCGGAAUUUGUACACAGAAAGAAGCGAUGGACGAUGAGCAAAUGCCAGCAACUAUUUCCGAUGUUCCGACACCAAGUUUCUUAGUAGACCUUGACAAAGUUAAGAAGAAUGCUCAGAAGAUGACAGAUACUUGUGAGAGACUUGGAGUUCAGUUACGGCCCCACAUGAAGACACAUAAAACUGUAGAGCUUGGUACCUUAAUGACCAACGGAACAAAUAGAACCAUAGAAGUAUCAACUUUAGAUGAAGCCGAAUUCUAUGCUAAGAAUGGAUUUGAUGAUAUUCUAUAUGCGCAUCCACUCAUAGCUGCUCGCACUGAAAGGUGUAAAAAUCUAGCCUACAAAUUAGAAUCGUUUCAUGUAAUGAUAGAAAAUUCUCAUGGAUUGGAUGUUUUGUUGAAGAGCCCAUUGACGGAUGGGAAGAAAUGGUCCGUAUUUCUCGAAGUUGAUGACGGAUCUGGAAGAACCGGUGUACCGUGGGACAGCGAUGACGUAAUCAGCCUUGCAACAAUGGCGUCUCAGACUCCUUAUAUAGACUUCAAAGGGUUGUAUCUGUACAAUGGUAACACGUAUAAAGCUAACUGUAAAGAAGAAAUAGAAGACGCUAAUAAAAAAGGAACAGAUUUACUGAAAAAUCUGUAUAAAAGGUUAACUGACAACAAAAUAGAAUGCAGAACGUUAGCCAUUGGUAAUACACCAAGUUGUUCACGCCCACAUGAAAGUAUGAAUGUUUUGACUGAGUUUCAUCCUGGAAAUUAUAUCUUCUAUGAUGUACAACAGUCUACCAUUGGUAGUUGUAGCAGAGAUGAGAUUGCCUGUCGUCUUACAACACGAGUAAUUGGUCAUAAACCGAGCCAUAAUAUCUUUUUGAUAGAUUGUGGAUUUUUGGCUCUUAGUUAUGAUGGAAUGGCAGAUAACCCAGAUGAUUUUUCUUCUUUCCAAGACAACCCUGAUUUAAAAAUUAUCGGAUUUUCACAAGAAAUCGGCAAAGUAACAACAAAAUCCGGAGAGAAAUUGAACUAUGACAGAUAUCCCAUUGGAUCCCAACUAUUUAUCUCUCCUUGGCAUUCAUGUGCCACAGCAUGUCAACACACUGUUUUCUAUGUGCAUUCUGGAAACAAGAUAGUUGAUAUGUGGAGACCAACAAAGGGAUGGUGAUUGAAAGACUCGUUUGAAAUUAUAAGCAUCUAAUUUGAACGAACUUUACAUUUUGCAUUUGAUCUUAGAAUCCAUAAUUAUAUUGAACCAAGCAUUUUAUUGACUAUGAAGACUGUCCUGUUUAUAAUAUAUGUAGGCAUAUAUUCUAUGGCAGGUUUGUACUGUGAAGAGUCUUGAGGUGGUAUUUCUAAUUUCCUUUACUGAAAUAUUUUUUUAUUGUGCGUGUGUGUCUUUCGUGGUUCUAUUUUCGAAAUUUUCGCGAUCCAGUUGUAGUUAUGACAAUAAUGACAAUGAUACAUAAAAAAGUUUAACGGGAACAAAAAAAUAAUGGACAUUACAACAGACCACAUCAACCACCAACUCUAUAUUUUUCUGACAAAAUUAAAUUUAAUCAAAGACAAAAAACAACAAACAACAACAUAUGGUUUAAUUGGAACAGGUGUGACGGGAUUGCUUCCAUUAGUACAUAUAGUAGAUACUUAGCCAGCCGUAAGCGGUUGAGCUAGGGAAGUACUUCUUUAUCUCAGUCGGUUAGAGCGCUGCCCUGUAACACAGAGGUCCCGGUUGGAAUUCCGGAGGAGAUGAUUUUGUAAUACGAAUCAUGCUCUCCGGUUACACAGGUACAAAAUGUUAGGGUUAAGCCAGGUUUACGUUCUUACAUCCCCGUUUUGUCUUUCUAAACCAUAUGUCGUAAACAAAGAUAUAUAAUAGGGUGCACAUUCAUAUAUUAGGGUCAAAAUGUGUUCGUUAACACAGAAGACUAGCGAAGUUUGUUGGUUUAUUUAUAUAUCUAAUCAUGUACUUAACGACACCAACGAACAGUUAAAAUAAUUGAUGAUUUAAAUUACAUGUAGUAGGGUCGUAAUACACAAAACAUUUUAAAGUAAAGUAAACUAUUAAUUUUGUGAUGUCUUAGUGUUAGAUAAGAGUCAAUAACCACUCCGCUAGUAUGUGAUGCCUAAUCAAAUGAUAUAACUUGUCAACGUAAUUUAUAUGAGUAACACAACUCUAGAGCACCUGAGAUCACCGUAGUACAUUUGAUGAGUUAGCCCAGUUGUCAGCACCUCUAUGUUUACAUGCGUCACUGGUGAGUCUGUUGAAUACAGGAACGUGCGUCCUGCGUCAAAUAAUUAUAAGCUUGGUAUAUUUGAAGAUUUUUUAGCUUUCACAAAAUGAAAGUGUUUUGCAUAAAGAUUGGUAACAAUUUGUUUAAAAUAUGAUUUAAUUUAAUCUCACCAAAAAGCUUCUUUUGAAAUAACAAUAAAUAUCCAGAUGCGAAAUCAUCAAAAUAUGUUCAGAUGCGAAAUCAUCAAAUAAUCGAUGAAAAGUAAAAUAACAAAAAUACCGAUAUCCAAGGAAAACUCAAAACGGAAAGUCCCUUAUCAAAUGGCAAAAUCAAAAGCUCAAACACAUCAAACGAAUGGAAAACAACUGUCAUAUUCCUGACUUGGUACAGGAAUUUCCUUAUUUAGAAAAUUUAGAAAUUAUUUCGAAAAUUCGUUAUAUUUUUGUAUGCACAGAACUUCUGUGGAUCUUACGAAUAUUUUUACUCUUAAUAUUUUUUAUGAAAAGAGCCGCAGAUGUUACUCAACAUUCGAAUAUCUUGCUAACAAAUUCAUCUCUUGGAAAUAUCAUUCAAUUAGCAUAUGAAUCCAAGCAUUUGCGUGCAAAAUUACGUUGAUGUUUUGUUUGAACAUAAAUCGGCCGCUAGUCAUUUUUGAUUAGUGUCUUCAUGAAAAUAACUAUACAGCUUAUGAAAAGUAACUAGGGUUUUGAUUGCCUUAACAUAUUAAUUAAGGAGAUGUCGGGUAUAUGUAAUGAGACCAUAUCCCAGCGACAUACAUAACCAAAAUACACCUAAUCAUUAUUCCGUGAAAAAAAAAAACAAAAUACAGAAAAAGGAAAUAUAAAACUAGUCAAAUUAAAAAAUGUUUGCUUUAAAUGUAU